AAAAGAGAGAUAUAUCUAUAUAGCUUUUUGUUGUUUCUAUCAACUGAGAAAACAAAGAUGGAACUUGUCUCAGAAAAUCUGGUCUUGCCCUUUUGCCUUAUCCUAUCAUGUUUCUUUAUCUUUAUCACGGUAAGAAUCCAAUGGAACUCUACCGGAUCCGCCAUGCUACCGCCUGGACCUCCACGGUUACCGAUCAUAGGUAACAUUCACCAAGUCGGCAAACUCCCUCACCGUUCAUUCUCGGACCUCUCGAGAACAUAUGGACCAAUUAUGCGACUAAAGUUUGGACGUUUAAACACAGUGAUAAUAACUUCAUCAGAAGCUGCAAGAGAGGUUCUAAGAACACACGACCACAUCUUGUCUGGCCGUAUGUCUCCUAACGCGGUACGGUCCAUCAAUCACCACAAAGUUUCCGUCGCGUGGAUUCAUCCGUCGUCCGCUCGUUGGAGACUAUUGAGAAAACUGUCGGUGACUCACCUGUUCUCGCCGCAGCGUAUUGAAGCCACUAAAGCUCUGCGUAUGAAAAAGGUACAAGAGCUUGUGAAGUUCAUGGAUGAAAGCAGCAAGAGAGAAGAAGCUGUUGAUAUUUCUCGAGCAUCUUUCAUCGCAACUCUUAAUAUCAUAUCGAACAUUCUAUUCUCGGUUGAUAUCAGUAGCUAUGGCUCGGGAAAAUCCAAUGGAUUUCAUGACUCAAUUAUUGGAGUCAUGGAAGCUGCUGGGAGCCCAGACCUAGCUAACUUCUUCCCAUUUCUUGGGGCCCUUGAUCUGCAAGGUACUAGCAAGAAGAUGACGUUGUGUACAGGGAAGUUGUUCAAGGUUUUCCGAGGGUUCAUCGAUACUAAAACAGCGGAAAAAUCAUUGAGGAAAAAUCCAAAAGAAGCUUCCACUAGCGAUUUUUUGGAUGCGCUUCUUGAUGAAGCAGAACCGGACAAUAAUGAUAUUGAACACCUUCUCUUGGAUAUGUUUGUAGCAGGCACGGACACAAGCUCUAGUACCCUAGAAUGGGCAAUGGCAGAGUUACUUGCUAACCCUAUAACGAUGGCCAAAGCUCAGGCCGAGAUCGAACGUAUGAUAGGCCAAGAUGGGUUGGUUCAAGAGCCUAAUAUUUCAGAGUUUCCAUAUUUACAAGCGGUUUUGAAAGAAACUCUCCGUUUGCACCCACCUGUUCCUCUUCUUCUUCCGCGAAAAGCCGAAACAGAUGUAGAGAUUUUUGGAUACCUUGUGCCUAAAAAUGCUCAGGUUUUGGUGAACGUAUGGGCCAUAGGACGAGACCCGGACGUGUGGGAGAACCCGGCCCAGUUCGAGCCAGAGAGGUUUUUGGGGAAAGAAACUGAUGUGAAAGGUAAAGAUUAUGAGUUAACACCGUUUGGGGCUGGGAGAAGAAUUUGUCCGGGAUUGCCUUUGGCUGUGAACAUGGUAUCUCUUAUGCUUGUUUCUCUUCUUUACUCCUUUGACUGGAAGCUUCCAAACACCAUCGACAUGGAUGAAACCUUUGGUAUUAGUUUGCACAAGGCCAACUCUUUAAAUGCGGUUCCGGUUAAAACGAAUCGCCACUAACUAAACAUUUGUAAUAGUGUUUUUGGUUAAUAAUGUUUAUAUGUAUUUAAGAAAUUUAAUAGUUUGUUUUUGUAUUGUAAUCCAAUAUGA